AUGUCAGUGCAAGCAGAAGAUGUGCCUCCGAGUACUGGAGGGGUCUGUGCAGGUGGAGGACAUGGGUCUGAGGAAAUCUGUAUAAAAGCGGGCCCAUCUCCUCACUCUCUCAUUCACUCUUCUCACCUCCACCUCCUUGGGAACAAGGUUCAUCUCCACUGUCGAGACAUGUCCUGCUACAACCGGUGCCUGCCCUGCGUGCCAUGCCAGCCCUGCGGCCCGACCCCGCUGGCCAACAGCUGCAAUGAGUCCUGUGUCAGGCAGUGCCAGGACUCCACCGUCGUCAUCCAGCCCUCCCCCGUGGUGGUGACCCUGCCCGGCCCCAUCCUCAGCUCCUUCCCGCAGAGCACCGCCGUGGGCUCCUCCACCUCCGCCGCCGUCGGCAGCAUCCUCAGCUCUGAGGGAGUGCCCAUCUCCUCCGGGGGCUUUGGCCUCUCCGGCUUGGGCAGUCGCUACUGCGGCAGGAGGUGCCUCCCCUGCUAAAGCUGCCGGCGACGGCCCUGGGGAAGGGCCUCGGGGACCCACAAGAUGCUACCGGACUGCGGACGGAGCAUUGGGUUCUUGCUCUCAGAGCAGCUGAGCAACAUCAGCACCCCUUCUAAAAGAAUGGGGCCAGCCCAGGCUCUCUGAGAUCACGGCCCACGUCUGCCCUCCCCUUCUUCCACUCUCUUUUUCCCUCCCGUGUCCUUGUUGCCUUGUGCUGCCCAGGGCUGGGAGCCCCACAAAGCCAGCCUAGGGAGGCCCUGCUGGCCCUGCUCCCUCUGUCGGGCUUGUUGCAGAUGGACACCUGCUGGGAUCUCUGCCACAGCCAUGGUGCGCACGCACCUUUCCACCCCUGGUGCUCCCUGCACUGGCACCUCAACUCAAAGCAACCUCAUUUCCUCCUUUGUCUCAUUAAAGUUCUGCUGCAUCCCA